GAUUUUGUCACCAGAUGGCUAACAUGGCUCAUGCCAUUGCACGAAUACAAAGGCAUCGUGUAUCCCUUCUUCGUGAGCAGGGAGAACCUGGAAGCGAUGCCCAACUUCCGGAUGAGAGACGACGAUAUAGUCAUCGCCAGCUACCCGAAAACAGGAACCAACUGGAUUCUGGAGAUGGUCAGCAGAGUCCUGCAGGCUGCUGGGAGGAGUGAGAUGACAUCAGAAGACCGCGCUUUCGCUAAGCUGGAGUUCCACCAUCCCGAGCUUCCCCAGACGACACACGUCCUGCUUGAGGAUAGCCCCUCCCUGCGGGUCAUCCUCACCCACCUGGGUCCUGAUGCAGCACCCCCGGGGAUAGCCCACCCUCAGGGCAAUGUGAAGGUCAUAGUGAUAAUGAGGAAUCCGAAGGACGUCGCCGUGUCCUACUAUCACUUCAGCCUGGAUAUCAUGAGGAAUUACUUCUAUUUCGGUCGCAUCGCAGCUUAUUUUGUUACUUGGGACAGAUUUUUCAACCUCUUCUUGUCUGGAGAAGUUGUUUUUGGUGACUUCUUUGAUCACGUGUUGUCCUGGUGGGAGAAGAGACACGACCCCCACUUCCUGUUUCUUAAGUACGAGGAUGUUCAGAGGAACCCGACAGAUGCUGUGAAGACUGUGAUGGAGUUUCUUGAGGUGGACCUUGAUGAUGUCACCAUCAGACGUAUUGCCGAGGAAAGCUCAUUCCACAACAUGAAAGAAACGUUGGGUGACUCCCACCUCAAGCACAGGACCGUGAUGGCCAGAAAAGGUGUUGUUGGUGACUGGAAAAACUAUUUCACACCGGAACAGAGCCGGGCUUUUGAUGCCAAGUACAGGGAGAAACUGGAGGGAACCGGUCUGGAGUUUGAGUUUGAGGGAUCCAUUUUAUAAUGCGCC